UUCGGAUAUGGAUCAGCAUAUAUGUGAAUGCAUGCGCAUGCGCGCAUAUAGUGGAGCGCGCGACGUUUUCGGGUUUGUUAGGAGCGCGUGCGUGUUUGUUUGUUUGUUUGUUUGUUUGUUUUUGUGUUCUGUGAAUGAGUGAAAGUAGUGUGUGUGUGUGUGUGUGUGUGUGGGGUGGGUUCGGCUUCAGAGGCAUGCUUUUAAGGAGAAGCAAACGCGUGCUUUGUGCAUUUAUAUAUCAAUACUUUAAACAGAUGUUCUGUAAUUAAAAAAAAAAAAAAAAGGAGGAAAAAACACCACAUCAUCCCUGCGCGCAUAUAGAAGAACAUGGUUUACUGCAGUAACCAGAGGCAGGAAAGAAGCACUGCAUGUCAAUAAGCUGGGCAUAAGAAGCUCAAUGAAUCCCUCUAUAACAGCUGCAUUGGUGUGACGUCAUCCAUACAUUGAUGACGUCGGUGGGAUCUGUGAAAUGAGCUCGGAGUGAUGGUGCUUUGUUUGCCUCGUUCUCAUCUUUCAGGCUUUAGAACCUUUUAUUAGAACCCGUGCAGUGCAGUCGAGGAGGCAUUUCCUGUGGGUGAUGGAUGUAAUACAGCUGGAAAUGAAAUGCUACACACACACACACACACACACACUGCUGAUCUUCUUAACUGUUUGUGCAAAGUGUAUGAACCUUGUGCAUUCUUGUGACAAAGGCUCAUGUGUUUUCGUCUUAACCCACCAUGCUGUUACUGAAAACAUGUGCAAUGAUUACACUGACUAAAAUCAGACACUCAGAAGUUCAUCGAGUAGUGAGAGGAUUUGACCAUGGUGCAACAGGAGGAAUGCUGAAAGUACACUUGGAAAGCGCUGAAAGUUCUAUGAAGAUCACUUUCACUUCUUUUCUGUUGGUGCAGCUGAUCUCCCGCAGGAGCAACGAUGCUACCAAGGACCAGGUUAGGGAAGCGCUCUCCUCUAGGAGCCUUGCUGUGCAACUCGUCACCAGAGGGUCCUCUGGACAUAGGAGGACACGGAGACGCUGAUGGAGCUCCUGUGAUAUUCGGGAUCGGAGCAGGAGCCCAUAGUGUCCACAGGGUCAAACUGUACCCGGGACAGCGGGUGUAUGUGCAUUGUGGUGGACAAGAGCAUGCUGGUGUUGUGGAACAGCACAACCACGUGGACAAUGAGGUGUCCAUAUUCCUACAGAAACUCAAUCAGCACGUGCACCGGAAACUGGAGGACGUGUGGUUGAGCCCGUCAGGCAGCGUCGCUCACUCUGUGUCAUCAUCCAUUGAUGUGCCAAAAAGGAGCGUAGAGAGUGCUGACAUGGAUGAAAUCAUGGCUGCUAUGGUGCUAACCAGUCUGUCCUGCAGCCCGAUGAUCCAAAGCCCCAUUCAUGGAGAACCAACUCCAGCCUCAAAAGGGACAGAUAGCACUGGCAGCGAAAUGUCUGAUGGUGGUUACUGGAGCUGUGACCAUGGAAACAGCAGUCCUGCACCGUCUCCACCGGACACAGGGGCGGACCGCACCCCUCCUGUUGACGAUGGCCUGGACAUGGAGAUGGAUCAAAUGUUGUUUGAUGAACCUGCACCGAGGAAACGCAAGAACUCGGUGAAGGUGGCGUACAGGUGCCUGUGGCCAAACUGUGGCAAAAUCCUCACCACUAUUGUAGGCAUGAAGCGCCACAUUCGCACUCUUCACCUGGGCAGACAGAGUGAACAGGAGCGCUGUCAAAGAGAAGAAGACUUCUACUACACGGAGAUCUACCAGGAUGUGGAGCAAUCAUCAGCUCCGGCUGGGUGCGGCUCACCUUCCAGUCCAAGCCAUCGGAGAUCUCCUCCCCUGACUCCAGAGCCUCUCCAGCCCAGUCCGCUCAGCCAGUCGGCCCCCAGUAGCUUCUGGCAGGUCCACUCCGAACACUCAUACCAGGCUCUGCCUCCUGUUGGUUUGACUCUGUGUAAAGCCGUGUGUGUGCCUGCCCCGCCUCGCUGGACGCCUCCUGUGACAGCACACCAGAGUAAACAGGCCGCUCCGUUCCGUCGUCGGUCAGUCAGCGUAGGAGAACAGUGGCUCCAGAACCACAGCGCCCCCUCCAGGCCUCCACACCAUGCCAGCGUUUCGCCUCCAAGAAGCCACUGCGCCACACGGAGGGUUCGAGGCGAGGCUAAAAAGUGCCGGAAGGUGUACGGUAUCGAGCACCGGGAUCAGUGGUGUACAGCCUGCCGCUGGAAAAAAGCCUGCCAGAGAUUUUUGGACUGAAAGCUGGUGCUGAGCUGAACAACAUACAAACCAGAGACUGAGGGGGAAAAGAACAGGUGGAUCAGUUACGGUGGAGGGAAACCAGACAAACAAACCUUUUUUUUUUUUUUUUAAAUUUCUGUUCAUUUUGUCUGAGACGCUUGACUGUUUGGGGCAUCGUCUCUCAUCGGUGCUGAUUUAACUCUGGGUUGACGUACACCACACCCAGUCUCUCUCCAGAAGUCUUCCUGAGCUCGUCGAGGUCGUUUCGGGCUCCACUCUGUGCCGAUUUCUUUCUUCAAUACACAACCGCCGUGUUUUUUGUGAAGGCGCUGAUCUCUGAUUAAUCAAGGAUCUUGGCACUCCAUAUGGUGCUGAUUGUUUACCGUGAGAUUCGCAGUCAUUCCAGAAAACCCAAUCCUCUUUCUGUUUUAAUGUUUUUUAUUUUUUAUUUUUCUGCACUUCAAAAGACGCCUCAUCUCUACAGAAAGACGCUGUUUUUUUUUUCUUUUUUCAGGGGAGGAAGUGAACGGCAGCUUGACGGUGAAAGUCAUUUGUAUGGACGUGCUUUAAAAGCAUACACGCCUUUAUGUUUAUGUAUGCCAUGUAUACCAGCUAACGUGCUGUUUUGUGUUUUAUAACGACAAACAGAUAGUGUUUUGUAUUGAGAAGUGUAAUAACUGUAACAUCAGUUUCUACAUCUCAUGUCUUGCGUGCGAAAGACAUUUUCGUUUCAGUUGCAGAAGAUGAAUUUGUCUAACAUGAAACUGGCAGAGAAAUUUGAUCACAGAUUUGAUUUCAGAAAAUGUGACCAGUCUUUGUAUUGGGAAUCGGUGAUGAUUAUUUUUGGAACAUUUAAUUCUUAUUGUACACUUAAUAUAUAUAUAUAUUUUUUUGUUCCAAAUGAAAUCCUUUUCUGUUUUCCUGUUUUUAAUUGUACUUCUGAUCACGCCCUUAUCAUCACUCAGCUGCACUACUUAUGACUUAUUUUAUAUAAGAACUUAUUAUUAAAACCCAAACAAAAGGAAAACUCUUUCAAAAUGAGGAUUAAUUUGUGUCGCACUUCUGCAGAACAAAAAUAAACCCAUGAACAAAAAAAAAAAAAAAAAAGAGUUUCGUGGAAACUUAAUGUUUUUGGGUCCAAGCAUUUAUUAUAUUUUGAAUUGCUGUUAUGUUGGUGCAAUUCAAAAAAAAUUUUGCAAUGUUAAUGAGACCUUCAGAUAACGAAACUGAAAUUGGAAAAGUACAUUCAAGGAGGUUCAUCAUCAGGAAAAUUUGUCACUAAAGUGUGAACUAAUCUUCAUACGAAUCCAACAGUUACAACAUGUACAGUAUUUUGCAUGAAAUGACUCUGGAGUUUUACAUUUUGACAUUUUCUGAAAUUUGUUAUUUUCAUGUUUUAAUACACUUUCUAUGUAA